UACACAUUUAUACCCAUUUCCCACCCCACACUAAGAAUAAUAUUCCAACACAUACACUGUUCAGCCUCGUUUGUGUAGUUAGCAAAGGAAUCCUUGACCUCUCAGUUUACGAGAAAGAGUAUCUGGCAACACUGAAAUUACCUGGAAACUACAAGUAACAGCCUUUAUUCUUCUGGUUUGAUAACGUAAACGUCAGUACUGGCUAGCUGAGUUUUGUUUUGCAUCCGGUUUUGGGCGAAACUCGGAGCCGUGGAACUCUGAAACGCUCUUACACGCUGAUCUUCGGCACCCUUUACCCCGCGUACUCCUCCUACAAGGCCGUGAAGACGAAAAACGUAAAGGAAUAUGUGAAGUGGAUGAUGUAUUGGAUUGUAUUUGCCUUUUUCACCACUGCAGAAACACUCACAGACAUUGUUCUUUCUUGGUUUCCCUUUUAUUUCGAGCUGAAAAUCGCAUUUGUGAUUUGGCUGCUCUCCCCUUACACAAAGGGCUCCAGUGUCCUCUACAGGAAGUUUGUGCACCCAACGCUCUCCAAUAAGGAGAAGGAAAUUGAUGAAUACAUUACUCAGGCUUGUGACAAGAGCUACGAAACCAUGAUGCGAGUUGGCAAGAGAGGGUUAAACCUUGCUGCCAAUGCAGCGGUUACUGCAGCUGCAAAGGGCCAGGGAGUUUUGUCUGAGAAGCUUCGAAGUUUCAGCAUGCAGGAUCUCACUCUGAUCCGAGAUGAAGAUACUGUGCAUAUGCGAAGCCGUGAUCCACAGCUGCACCCCUCUGGUGCAAGUCUUCUGGAAACUAUUGAAGACUCAGCUUCGUGUUACUCCUCAGGAGAGGAGAGCAGUGUGGCACAUCGGUCUAAUGGAACCCCGUCAGAUGCUAGAACAGACCCAUCAGAUGAAGAUGCAGGAGACAAACUUCCUAAACGAACCCAGAGUCUCAAAACUCCUAAAAAGCUUCCUGUGAGAAGUGUAAAAGCCCGCCCUAAGAAGAAAGCUGCUGGCUCUCUUGCUUCUGGCGAGUCAUCCUAAGGCAACCUGCUCCCUCCAGCACCUGUCUCUGUCCUGGGAUUUGCCUUUCGCUUUUUAUGGGGAAACUCUCCAAAGGAAGGGAGCUGAGAUUCUUGUACAUAACCGAUACUGCUUUACAGAGCUCAUUCCAAGGCAAGGGGGAGGCUGGGAUUCAGAAAGCAGAGUAGAGGGUACAAAUCCUCAGGAAUUUUCUCCUUUUCAUCUCUCUGUUGGAGGGAAUGCUGAUAUGUCUGUACAUAGCCAGAUGCUUUGGAAUUCCCACUGUAUAACUCUAGUUGAGAAUCUUUGCUGGAAAAACCUACUAGGGUUAAAGGCAUCCAUUGCACAGAAGCUGGAAAAAUACUAGACACUGGAGUUCCAUAGGGUGGGUGGCUCUCAAAAAUGUCUUCUCUUGCUCUGGGUAGUCUCCUGCAGCUGUGUGUUGUUAAGAAGUGCCCAUCAUGAGUCAUAUUCCUUAAGAAUGGAUAUGUCCAUUGCCUUUGAGAAAGUGGUCGAAGUGAUAUUAUACUGAGUGCUUUAGAACAUAAAGGACUGGCUCAUGGGAGGUAUAUGCUAGAUUCCCACUACUCAUACUGGAAGAUGAAGAGAUUGGGUUUAAUUUUAUUUUUUCUGGAAGGUGAUAAUUUUUUCUAGAAGGGCGAUAAUUUGAAAAACUGAUAAAGGAAAUGUGCUAUUACAUGCACAUUAUAUGAUGGAGUAGGUAGGAGUUACUGUUGAGAAGGAAAGUGUGACAUAUCUAAGAUUUUGGCUCUUUUUUAAACUGCUUGAAUUUUAUUUCAGGUUCUAAUGCUCACUUUGACUUCACUGAGAGCAUCAGAAUGAGGCGAGUCUCAUGCAGUUCCAUAGCAAGCAUACUCACUUUGCCAUUUAGUGGUUGAACUCAUGUUGUUGUGUUGCUUGUUACUUCAGACAAAUUCUUUUAUUCUAGCAGAUGUCUGGGGAAAAUCUGUCUCAAAAUAGUCUGCAAACAUACUUGAGAAUAUCAGAAGCCCUCACCUCUCAGCUUUAGGAGAGUCAAUCCUCAGGACAUAAGAACUGAAACAGUUGAUUUAUUAACGGUCGAGUUCCUCUAACUUCAGGAUUUCGUUUAUGGGGGAUAAAAAGCAGGCACUAGGGCACAAUACUGGUAAAUACUGAUUAAUCUGUUCUCUUGCUUUAUCCUGCUGCAGCCCUUGCACAGAUUUUCUGUCUGAUAUGUGCCGUGCUUAUCAGUGUCCUGAGACUCGAGCAAUACUUAAUGCUUGGGACAGAAAACUACAAGGAAUGUAGAAUAUGUAUUGUGGGAAGGAAAUUGUAGUGCUAGAAAGAAAAUUUGCUUAAUGACAAGCCAUACUAGACUCUUGAACGUUUUUCAGGGGCGAACCCCUGUACACAUGCCGGCUGAGCCUAUGAAAAUUUAAGAGUUUGGGUUCUUGUUAUCAAGAUCAAUAAUGAAGGUGCACCAUUUUAGACAUGAAUGUCUGAAUGAAUACUUGAUGGUCUUAAUUUUCACUGAAAUUAGUUAUCAAAGGAACCUGGCUCCUACAUGCUGGUGUUUGCAUCCCAUACUUUUGUUGUCACAUUUCUGAAAUUACAGUGAAUUCUUCACAGAGCCCAGUAUUUUGCUGUUGACAAGGUAUAGAAGCACUUCUGCAGCUAAUGCUCCACAAGUAUUUCUGACCUAGAGAAUAGCCUUUCAAAAGUUUAUAAAGGUGAAGAUUAGGACUGAAUUUUUUUCUUGUUUUCCACUGUCUUGGUGGCAAAUCGUUUGCUGUUGAAUACACCAGUUAUUUCAGGAAGCCAGUUAAGUUGGGUUUACUAUUUUUUGCAGCUUUAAAAAAUUUAAACUUUACGGUCCAUGUUAGAAACUUGCGUCUUGUCAGAAAUAUUUGUCCUAAAUUAUCCACAAGGCCUUAUCCAGAAGCCUGUAGAAAAUGCUUGAUUUGGCUCUGCAUUUCAUAAAAACAAACAAACAAACAAUUAUUUUGUUCUUUUUAAGUUUAUUAGCAAACUUCAUAUUCGUGUUUUACCAGCACAUGCAAAUGCAUGUCCUGAAGCAGGAAUACUUGCUGUUUCCAAAGGAAAUUCCUCUCUUCAGACAACAGAUAAAAUAUUUCAUGGUUAUGUGGAAGAUCCAGUUGUGAGAUAUUGCUGUCCUAGACUUUACUGUACUGAGCGAGAGAGAACCAUUGUUCUCUAUAUACCUAGUAUGUCUGUGACCAUGUUUCUUGAUUUUUUUUUUUCAAAAUUAAAAUUGUGCAUAGCAAAUUAUUUAUGUAAAUCAUUGUGAGGGACUUAAUUUGGAAGCCAAGUCUCCCCUUGCGCUGUUCUUCUUGCCCUUUCCUUGUGCAUGCACUGUGAUAGUCUACGAUUACUAGGUUUCCACAGAGCAACUUUCCAGAAUCCUCUCUAGAAUACAUUUAUUUGUAAUGGCUUUUCUGCUUUGAAGCACGGGAAAAAUUUCUGAAGAUUCAGUCAGUUCUGGUAUUUGGAUUUGUCUUCUUGAGCUGGGGUCUGUGCUAAGUAGCAUUUACUUAGCAUUGAUGCUUGAUGUCGUUAGCUUGUGGGUAAAUACAGGUCAGUUUUACUCUGAGUUUUCUUUAUACAGGGGAAUUGGCUUUUUGGUUGCAAGAGGGAGUCUACAGUAGAGUGAGGGACUAUCUAGUGUGUGAUAUGAAGCUGAUGAUGUCAAGCAGCAGAACUUACCCAGAGCAAGACCAAUGUCUUAGCAUGGAUACUGUUUUCUUCUUGUAGUACAAGUGUGACUGCUAGAUUGCACUUUGCUUGAUCAAAGCCACUGCAGAUCUACCACCACCCACGUGACCUCUUAGUGAGCUUCUAGAUCUAGUUCUGCAUUGGAUGCACUGUCUUGCAUAGAAUUUCUCUUGUUAAUGAGAACGCUGAAUGUGCUGUUUUGAUAAAAUGCUUUUAUCAGCUGCUGUUCGGUGUUUUCAGCAGGAAAUGCUGGAAUGUAGUUUCUCUUCAGUAUCAUCUGUGGGCUUCAUCAUGCAAUUAAGCAAAUGGUUAAAUCUUCACCUAGCAGUAGAACCCUGUUGUGUUCGGUAAAUGUUUAGAGCCUUUUCCUAAUCUGCCUGGCCAUAGAGAGAAGUGCAGUAACAGAAAAUGAUACUUGAAGGUGGAGGCUAAAGAGGGUGGUAUGUGUGUGUCAAACUUCAUGUGCCUAAAGGUUAUCCUAAAAUACCUGUACCAUGACAUACAAAGUUGAAGCCAUGACUGCCUUUUGAAAAGAAAUGUUUUACUUUCAUGCUUUGUUGUAGGAUGAGUCAGUGUUCUGCUGUUGGAAAAGAAAAUACUGAAAUGGGGUUUCCUGUGUAAGAAACUUAAUAAUUUGUUGCAUAAAAGGGAAA